UAUAAAGUGUCUGAUGAAAACUUUUUGAAAAGAGGGUUUACUUCCUCAUACAUAAUAUAACUAAUGAUGUUGAUGUGCACGAAUAUAGCAGACUUUGUACAUUUUUUUUCCUGGUCAAUCGUGGACAUCAUGGAUUCAGCUGCUUAAGGUGAUUGAUGGUGGUAAAGAUGAAAAACAGCGUUCAUGACUGAAUAUUUUGGGUCAAAGUUGUUCUUCAGAGGCUCUAAAGAUUUAUAAUGACUUCACAACUUACAGAAGAAGAAAGAAACUUCGCCAGAUUUUUCCUCAUCAACUUUAAAGCAUCACCCGACAUUGCCAGGCGAUUCUUUGAUGGGGUUUUUCCGCCAACACACCUAGCCAAAACUAUUAACAGUAGUAUGCGUGCCAUUAUCAAUUUAAACAAAUCAAAAAGAAUCAAUGCGACCCAAUUAGAAAUAUUAAGGUGUAUCCCAGGAACAGUAUGGCCAUCCUAUCUUCCUCCGAUGACUGUUGGAACAAAAACUACCUCGUCUAAGGACUUUGAUUUGACUAUGAUGAUAUGUCUGCUGCGCAAUCUAGGAGGUUUAUUAACACCCUCCAAUGGAUGGGAUCAACUUCCGCAUCCGAAUGAUACGUUACCAGGAGCAGCCUUGGCAACAUUGAAGUGGUACAGAAAUCAAUUAGCCCAUACGACUCUUACUUCUAUGGACAACAAUGAAUUCACAGACAAAUGGACUCGAGUUGAAAAGGCAUUGACAUCUUUAAAUAAUGGUCAGAAACCACAUGAGGUCACUGAAAUUUUGAAUUACGAUCUUGCUGGAGAACAAGCAAAAACAUUAGCAAACGCAGAACUGAAGCAACUGACAAAAGAAUACCUAGAUUGUGAAAAGGAAAAAGAACAGAUAGAAAAUGAUUUCUCUCAUUACAGGGAAGGAAAUCUUCCCAAAAAUAUUGCAGACGCGAAUGCGACUUUUGUUGAAACAUGGCUAAAAGAUGACGAAAGUUUUUACGAGACAGAGGGAUCGAAACUUGUUUAUGGCAAAGUACAGGAUUGCAAUUGUAUUCUGGUGACAUCAAAUUCAGGAUUAGGAAAGACAGCCACCAUCCGACAUAUCGCAUUAAAAUAUAAACUGGAAGGCUAUGAAAUUGUUCCCGUAGAAUCCCCAGAGGAUAUAAUCAAAUACAAAAAAAACAAAAAACAAGUGUUUAUAAUGGAUGAUGUCCUUGGUAAAUACGAUUUAAGUCCGACCUUGUUGGAAGAAUGGGAAAGAAUAAACGAAAAGCUAAUGAAUUGCUUUGAAACCGAAUUAGAUUCAAACAAAAUAUUGUGUACCCUGAGAAUACAAAUAGCACGCCAUAAAAGAUUUAAAAAUGCAUCGACAAUUUUAAACAAAGGGGUGAUUAAUUUGGAGCACGAGUCUAAUGCUCUUUCAAAAGAGGACAAACUGAAAAUAUUAAUGAAACAUCUUAAGAAAAAUAACUUAGAAACGGAAAUUAAAAGAGAGGAGGUUGAGAUAAUGUGUGAAACGAAUUAUGCGUUUCCCCUUCUUUGCAAAUUAGUUUCAAAUGACGAGGAAAGAUUCAAAAACAGAAUCGCAUUCUUUAGGCAACCAUUAUUACUGUUAAGGAAUGAACUUGACAAGAUUUGUAAUGAAAAUAAGAAGCUAUAUUGCAUUUUGGUGAUAUGUAUGUUGUAUAAUGGUUCAUUUAGUAGAAGUAUAUUUGAUAUUGACUCAGUUGAAUGUGAUGAAAAAAUAGACAGAAUAAUGCAAACUUGCGGACUUCAAAGAUACAUGUCUAAGAAAGAACUUGAGGAUAGCGCUGUGUCUGCUUUAGGAUCUUAUUUUGUUAAGGUCAGUGACAUUUUCCGGUUUAUUCAUGAUUCUCUUGAAGAAACUGUCGGCUAUCAUUUCUUUACGUUCGAUCCCAGAGUAAUUUUUUCAGACUGUGGUAUCUUGUUUAUAAGAGAUCGAGUCAGAGUUCAUCCCUAUGAAAACAUGAAUGAAAAUGUCGAUGAAAAUAUCGUGAUUAUUCAGGAAGUUGAAUUGAAUGAGGAUCAUCUUACAGCGUUGUACACUAGAAUGUGGACUGAAUUAAACAAUGGAAGAUUUUCCAGUUUGUUGAUGAGUCACCUUUUUAAGAAUAGGAAAUUUGUUCAUAUAUUUGGAACCCAUUUUAAAAAUAAUCAGAGUAUUCUUGAAUCAAAAAAUACUUUUUGGAAGACUGUUAGUUCCGAGCGGAGAGAGAGCAGCAAUCAGUCAGUGUUUGAAAAUAUGUUAAAAAUUCUAUCCAAUCAUGGAUUAGAAGAUAACAGAGAUGCAAUUAGUCGAGUUAUAGAUACUAAUUCGACUUUCAGAAGUACAUUUCUGUACUGGAUUGUGGCCUUUGGCUGCUAUGAGUUAUUUCAAUAUGCAUGGAGUAAGAUGACAACUUUUGAUCGUACUUCGAUUCUGGGUAUUGAUUUUAUAUUCAAUUCCUUACCCCCAUGUGACAAGCUUAAGUCCUUCUUUCCUCUAGCUGUUCUAGGAGGUAGCUUAAAUAUUGUAGUACAGUUAAUGCGUUCUGGUGCAGAUGCUAACUGUUUUUCCGAAUGUUGGGAAACACCUUUAUAUAUAGCAGUUAAGUCAGGUCGCCUUGAUUUGGUACGCUUACUUUUGAAAAAUGGAGCACAAAUAAACCUCCGAGGAUGGUUUGGAAUGAAUAUCCCAAUUUCUGUCACUUCAAACAAACACCAAUUAACUAGUUUAAUUCUUGAAUGUGAUUUGAACCAGACUGAGCUUCAUGAAGCAGUCCGACAAAACAACUUAGAAAAAUUGAAAUCAAAUAUUCAAUCAGAGAAUAUUGAUUAUAAAACAAAGAGCGGAUGGACAGUCCUGCAUUACGCUGUAUCAUUAAACAAUUUGGAAGCUGUGAAGGUUUUACUCCAUGCAGAAUUGUCCGAAAAUGAUGACUCCUAUUUAGACUUUACGAUAGAUGACCAAAGAGAAUUGGUGGGAAAAGAGCCGACACCAAAUGUAAACAUAGUUGACAAUAAUGGACUCACCGCUGUCCAUCUAGCGGUUAUAAACGAUAAUAUCGAGAUACUAACUCUUCUGCUUCGUAAUAAAGCAGAAAUAAAUGUUCGUGAUGUUUUACAUAGAAACCCUUUACAUUACAUAAAGAGUGAAAGUGCAACACAAUUAUUGCUAACUCAUAGCUCUAGAAACCAGUGUUUAGAGACUAAUCCAAACGCAGAAGAGGAUGGAGAGAAUGUAAAAAUACCAAUGUCAGCUUUCAAGACCAUGUGUUUUAAUAUUGCUCUACAAACUUCUCUCAGAAAUGUUUGUCGUGACUGUGUAAACAUGCCAGAUAGAGAUGGUAACACCCCCUUACAUUCUGUUAUAAUCAGACGCCUUCUAAAAGAGUUAAACAGUAAUUGUAUAGAUACGUUGCUUGCGAAUGGGGCAAAUCCUUAUUUAUUUAAUUACCGUGGCGAUUUAGCAUUAGAGUUAAUUGAAAACAGUUGUGAUACAGUCAAAUACAUAAACAAUAGUGCAAAACAUAAACAAUCAAUCGAGAAGACUUAUAAAGUAUUUGCUUUAUUCAUGUUCUUCGUAAUGGGAGUGACGUUUUGCCUAUCAAUACAUCUUUCCUCUGUUAUUAGAAAGGAAAGUCAAAAUGCUUUUUUUUGCGUUGGACAUGUCGCCGAAUCUGGUAAUAUUACCUUGGUGCAGGUGACGAGAAGCAUAAACGUUAUAUUACUCGCGAUUGUACUUCUAUGGGUAUUAUCAAGAACGUUUUACAUGAGGUUUUCAAAUCUGUUUUGGCGAUAUUUAUAUUUGUUUUUAGUAUUGAUACUUCUAGGGUGUGUUUUUUUAAUAGUUUUUGGUCCAUUUGCAUACAUUCAAAUCAUAUACAGGGUGAUGUAUGCAAUGAUUUACGGUGGUGUUAUGUUUUCGAUAUUGAUAAAAAUAUUUGAAACAUUUUUACAUCUUAGAGGAUAUUUAGUUUUUCUUAUGUUAGGUUUCCCUCAAAUCCUUUGUUUUUUCUCACCGUUGGUUUUAAAUUACACAUCUACUGGUAACCUACUAAAAUUCAAUAAUUUUAAUUCCAUGCCCAAUAUAAAUACACUGAACAAAACAACUUCAAAUUGUACAGAACUUAGUUCUGGAAAUAUCUCAUGUACAAGUUUAGCCUUUAAUAUUACUUAUAAAAAUGGUGCCGAUUUCUCUGAACAAUGUCGUACUGACCCAAAUAUUACAAGUUAUAAUAGUACACAUGGAACGCUUACAGUGAUAUCAGGACUUAUAGACUGGCAAGAAAUAUGCCUCGUGUCUUUAUUUUGCUUUAAUCUUUCGUUACAUGCAACAUGUGCCUAUUGUUUUUUACAGUGUAUAUUAGUACUUUUUAUGAAAAUAUUCAAAGGGAAAAACACUUUCCUUUUACUUAAUUUAGGGGCAAUGGUUGUUUUAUAUUUUGAUAUAUCUUUUCAAAUUUUUAGGUAAGUUUUGUCUUGUGUUAUGGCAAAUGAAAUAAAGAUUGAAACAAUAACUAUAAGGACGAUUUAUAAAUAAGUCAUGUGUAGUACCUAGGAGUCAAAACUGGAAGGAGAUAAUAAGUGUUCCAGUAGUGUUGCAUCAUAACUUGCAUAGGAAUAUUUACGAGAAUAGUAGUAUUAAAGUCAUACUUCACCCCUCUCUUGACACGUUACAAUUUUAAAACAUCACAGGAAAAUCCUUGUCUAACUAAAGAUAAACCAUGACAUGUUUAUAUAACUGGUUAAACAUCACAGGAGAAUCCUAGUUUUACUAAAUGUAUACCUUGACAUGUUUAACUGAUUGGUUAAACAUCACAUUAUGAUCAUUAUUUCACUGAAGGUAUAAAAUGACAUGUUUAACUGACGUGUAUAACAUCCCAGGAAAAUCUUAGUUUCACUAAUGGUAUACCAUGUCAUGUUUAACUGACAGGCAUUAAAAUGAAUAUUAGUUACACUUAAAAGAUACCUCCAUAUGUUUAACUGAAUUGUAAAAUCUGUGCUAACUUGAGGUAUACCGUGACAUGUCUAAUAAACUGAUAAAACAUCACAGGAGAAUCCUAGUUUCACUUAAGAUAUACCUUUAAGAGAAGCGCAGAUACCAAAGGGAUAUUCAAACCCAUAAUUUGAAGACAAUCUGACAACGCCAUGGCAAAACAAAAGACGAAAAACGAGCAAUAGACAAAACACAACAUAGAAAACUAAAGACUGAGCAAUAUGA